CAUGAACACAGGACAGGUGAGGACGCAACUAGAGCAAGUGACAUGGCAGCGUCGGUGCUUGCCGCUCUUGAACAGCUAUAUGGCAGCAAUAAAUAUGCAGACUGUAUAGUCAACAUCUACACGCCGACAUCGCUAGCCAGCGAUGAGCCUGCCGUGGCGCUCCCCGGGCAUCUGCACGUUCUUUUGGCGGGCUCGGAGCUAUUCCAGGCGCAGGCUGAGCGAUGGCCGCAGCAGUGCGACAACGACAUCAGCUGCAAACUGUGCGGCGCUACGAACAGCAGCGCUCCUGCUAGCGCGUCGGGCGUUGGGCAGGUGUUGCGCGUGUCCCUCGACCAUGCCGGUGACCUGCCCUACGCCCUGGCCGCCCUCCGCUUCCUGUACAGCGGGAACCUGGACCAGGUCAUCGCGGAGGCCGGAGGUCAGGCAUCGGCUUCCGGUGGCAGCAGCGGAGAGUGCGUUGACAGUGGGGCCGCCGCAGGGCCGGACACACCAGGCGCGUCCAGGAGCGGCAGUCCCACCCGCGGCGUCGCCGUGACUGCUGCAAACGACACUCCCAGCAGCGACAGCAGCAACAGCACCAGCAGCGCCGGCAGCGGCCCCGGUGUGGCCGCGGCGCUGCUGCACACGCGCCGCCUGGCGCUGUACCUGCACAUGCCCGACUGCGUAGCCGCGUGCGAGGCAGAGCUGGUGGAGUGGGUGCGCCGCGCCGCAGGCGCGGCCGUUACGACAGCCACGAACACGACGUCAGGCGGGGCGUCCACAGCUUCUCCGGGGCCGGGGCUGACAUUCAUGGAUGCACGGCUGGCGGCGGUUGCAGACGUGUACGCCGCCCGUGAGCUCCUGGCACCACCGCUGCUCCUGUUGUCGCCGCCAGGCAUUCCCAUGCCACCGCACCUGCCGUCUGCGGGUCGAGAGGCUAGCGAUGUGGACCCCCGUGCCGCCGCGCUGGGAUGCUGCGUGCGUCUGGCGUGCUUGGAACAGUUGCUUGGGUGGGCGAAAGAGAACAUCAGCACUGUCCAGGCGGAAAACCAGGAGCUGCACAGGAAGUGGCAGCAGCAGCAACAGCAGCAGCAACAGCAGCAACAGCAGCAGGGGCAGGGCAGCGGUGCGGAGGAGGCACCACCGGCAGCUGGACAGCGGCCGGAGCUGCAGCCCCCGCAGCCGCCCACCUUUGGCGAGCUGCUGGCGUGGGCGGCGUGCAGCGCGCCGCACGCGCUCAGCAACCUGGAGUCGCGGAAGCUCGUGCUGCAGCUGCCGGCAGUUGCCCUCGAGGCGAUGCUGAUGGCGGAGAAUUUUGCCACGGACGAUGAGUCCACGGUGCUGCUGCUGCUGGCGGAGUGGCAGAGCGCGAACCGCGUUACGCGGUCGGACAAUCUGCUGGCACAACUGCGGCUGGGCCACAUGAAUGCUGCCUACAGCACCAUCGUGCUGCCGCUGCUGGUGGACGGGAAGUGGAUUACAGUUUCGCGUGUGCAUCUCGGCCUGAUUGCGCAAUGCGGCGGCGGCAGCCUGGCAGCGCGACAGCGCAUCUGCAGGGUCGCAAGCCGUUACAGUGGUGCGCAGGACGGGGUGCGCUGGUUCCACCCCGCGCCGCGGCCCCAGCCGCCGCCACGUGCGCUCGACUGGAGCGUGGACGGCGCAGCACUCGCCGCUGCCGCCGCGGGCGCACAUCUUCACGCCAAACAGUUUGCCAGCCAAAAGCUGGUAGCCAGCGGCUUCGAGUGGACCGUGGCUGUGCAGCAUGCGUCGCCGGCCGGAAAUGGGGCCGCCGCAGCCACAACCGCCGCGGCAGGUGUGUUCAUGUGGUGUUACGUGCCGCACUCGCUGGCGGUGGUCGCACGCACUGGUUACGACAACACGAUUGGGGCCUUCCGGGUGGUGGCGCACCCCGGAGCCGUGAAGCUGACCGUGUUUCGGAAGGCGGUUGGCCAGGGUGGUGGCAGCAGUAACGGCAGUAGCUCGAAGUGGGCGCCGGCGUUUGUGAUGACCUGCGGUGACGGCGACUUGACGGUGUGCGAUCAAGAUGCAUGGGGCGAGGCGCGGGCGCUGCCGCUGGCUGACCCGAAGUCGCAGCCGGGGCAGCCGGGGCAGCCGGGGCAGGAGCAGCGGGGCCAGGGGCAGGGGCAAGGCGCGGCGCGGCUCGCGGCGUGGGAGCCCUACCUCAUUGAGGGCCAGCUGCGUGGGCAGCUGCGGUGGGGCGCGUGAGGCGUGCUGGUCUGGUUGCCCUUGCCUGGGCAGGUUUGGUUGGGCACGAAAAUGUAUGUGUGAUAGACACUUCAGGAGACAAGCAGUGAGCUGGUGCAUGUUGGCACGGGACUGAGACGAGAGAGACAGACCAGUCUCAGGGAGGUUUCUGAGAGGUGUGCCAGGGUGUGUUUGCGUGACGUGCACCUCGGAUGGCGAUGACGACAUGAUGGCGGCGAUGGCAUUUACGGCAAGACUCUAGGUCGCGUGAUUGGAACUCUACGUCGCAGGACAUCUGGAACGGUAAAAGUCUAGGUCGCAGGAUUGCAUGGCAUCUGGUAAGGAAGUCGCAGGAUUGUUUCAAUGGGCGGCGUGGCGCUAAGGCCGAGCUUACGCCGCAGAAGGAGGCAGCAGUUCAUGAGGGUAGGGCAGUGUAGGGAGCAGCACGGCCACCACACGCCCCCAGAGGCAAGGAUCUCGACCCACAGCCGGGUGUGCUGUGCAGGGUGCACAUGUGGCGUUGGUGAAAUGGUUGUAACGGUUGACGUGUAUGAGGUGAUGAAGAAUUUGGAUGUAUCAAGCGGCAAGUGGCAAGCAGGGCAGGGCAUCAAUCACAGAGGCAUUGUGCAGCAGGAUGGUUGAACACGGUUUCAGAGGUAAUUCAUAACUUGCGGGCGCGCGGUGAACCGGUUACACAAGUUGAUGGUGAAGGGCUGAGGUCUGAGCACAGGAUUGGGGGCGCUAGUGGCUCGGACGUGACACAACCGCGAGUGUCCGAGACUCCGAGUGCGUGGCGGGGGGAGGGGCGUGAGAGUUGUUGUGAGGCAGCGGGGCGACAGCGCCAAGUGGCCGAGCGAGACAGGGAGGGAGGACAUGCAGUGCGGCAGCGUUCGGUCACUGGGCUGGUGCGGUGUGCUCUUUUGCUGUGCGCUGUAACACGCAUGAAUG